CCUACAACAGGCCCGCUGUCCACUGAAGCCGGGAAGUUGCCCCGGCAACCCAUGGUUGCAGUAUAUAGGUACAAGGUCCGUGGCCAGCAGCAUCUCCCACUACUAGAUUCAGGUGAGCUCAUCAGAUCUAGAUCACACCGUGCCCCUUCUUCUACGGCAGCUAGCUAGCCCGCCUCCACAGCCGGUGAGGCCACCAUGGCCAAGCUCGCCGUGCAGCUCAAGGACAAGUUCUUCGGCCUCGUCGGCCGCAUCACCGGCUGCGGCCGCAAGGACGCCGCAGCUGGCGUGAUAGAGCCGAAGGCGGUGGCAUCUCAGCAUGUUGAGAUCAGGUCGAGGGGAGGUCCUCCACAUGUGGAUGGAGGGGCCAAUGGUCACAUCCACGGUGACGAUGCCAUCUAGAGGAGACGAUGAUGAUGAGAACGAAGCUAAGCUAGCUUAUAUGGUCCAUGGAUCGAUCGAUCAUGUUGCCGUAGGUGUUGGUUCUCUUCGUGUCACGAGCUAUCGUUUUUCAGUGUCUUUGUAGUACGUGUUCUGCUCGCUCGAUCUGUUCGUUCUCCAGGCAGGUUCCUAGCUCUGUGGUGUGUCGUGGUAUGCGUUUGGUACUGUAAGUGCUAGCUUUAUGCAUGUAUAAUCAUGUUGAUUAACGGUGGAUGUCUUUUGCAAAGCAUGGGCAUCAAGCGUUAGUUGUGAUGUA